AUGGAGAAAGGAAGCAAGGGAGGGAUCUCUCUGUUGCUGUCUGACACAUCCUCGGAAGAGGAAGAAUUUGACCAGCCUUCACGCAGUCAACGCGGUACUAGUACUCUUCAUCAAUCAUCACCCCUGCAGCUUUCCCAGCCAUCCCAAUCUUCCCAGGGCAGUUUCCAGAAUGUCCUUCGUGCACCUUCCCCAGCUGUUCCUCGUGCACCUUCCCCAGCUGUUGCUCGUGCACCUUCCCCAGCUGUUGCACGUGAUCCCCUUGGCCCACUGAUGCAUGAACUGGGACCAAUCCCUGGUUUCCCCACUGCUGGAAUAAAGGCCAUUCCUGAAGAUGCCAUACCCAAAGAACAUCCAUCGUGGGCUCUCUGGGAACAGUGGAGAAGAGAGAGGCAUCGCCCCCCUGAGCGACCAUUGCCCUACUACCAAGAUCCUUUCACUUCUUUUCCACCAGUGCCAGAAUCUGCUACUAAGAGGCGUGUACCUGGGACCAAUAGUGAGCCUGUUUCGAGAGCUGCUUCUCCUUCCCUUGGUCCACCAAGGAAGAAGGCUGCCAAGACAUCCAAGAAGACAGAUGCCGAAAAGGAAGAAAUUGACCGAACUCAGAAGCUGAUUGAUAACACCGUCAACCAUUUCUCUAAGCAAUACAUGGAUAGGAUUGAGUGCGCUGAAGAGAGUGACCCCAAGUCGAAGAACUCGGAAGACCAGGAAUUCAAUCCAGUCGCCAAGUAUCUAACAGUAUUCAAAGGGAAGCCAAAGGAAGAGAAGCUAGAUCUCGCAACCUUCAACAGCAAACAGAUUCGGAAACUGGCCCAGAACUGUGGAGUUAGAGGAGGCGGCAACAUGACGCUUUACAAAGCAAGAAAGGCAAUCGCUCAAGUAAAGAAUAUGGGAACCAUCUACAACGAUUUGACCAUUUCCAACCCAAAGAUCACUGCAGAUCAAAGAAAGAAAGCGACUUGGAUGAGAGCGAUUAACGCUUGCUUUCUCCCUGAAGUUAUCGGUGACUUCAAACAGUUGAAUGACACCAAAGGCCGCACAGACUAUGAGAAAGCAAAUGGAGGCAACCCUGUUAAAGCAUUCUGGAUUGGUCUCUCUAAUCUAGUGAACGACCCAACUAACAAUGAACGAAUUGGUGUUGUAUUGCACUGUCAAGAGGGAGAAGAUCAGAGAAUGCGCGACAUGAACGAAGUUGAGGAAUGCAACCUGAAUUGUUUCAACCAACAGACGCACGAAUCUUGCCAGCAGCUCAUAAGUGACGUAAUGAAAGCACGGGAAACUUGUUUGUCGAAGAUGCAUCAGUCUGGCCAAGGAAGCAAUGACAUGUGGAAUUUCUGCACUAACACCACAUUCACGAAGCUCCGACAAAGCUCAGCUCCUGUCCCUGCUGUUGUUGUCUAUUAUUGUCACCUUUUCUGUGUUGAGCAUCCCGGCAUUGAUGGCAAGUUUGCGGCCUUCAUGGACAAGAACCAAAAGAGUGAUUCAGAAGUGGAUCUGACUGGGAGUGCUGGAGAUGGCAGUGAUGCUAAGAAAGGUGGUAAGAGCAAGACUGUGGAUACCCUUGUCAAAACUCUAACAGAGACCAGUGACAGCAUUCGCUCCAUGCACGAACAGACUGUGAAAACAAGCGACAACAGGAAAAACGAAGAGGCAGAAACCAGGCAUUGGGCAGAGUACCAAUCGAUGUCUGGUCGCUUUCUUGGCAUGGCCGGAGAUCCAAGGAUGCUACCCUUGAUGCGAAACUUGGCCAUUCGCAUUAAGAAACUGGAAGCGCUGGUUGGUAUUGCUGCAGAAUUCUCUGUUACCCUAGGACACAUCCCUUCUGAGGUGACUACUGGCGCAGAUGGCGAAACAGCUACAAGCGAUGUCACAGGUUCCAAGCACACCAGCACGUAA